AUAUUUGAUUUUCAAUACAUGUCUCGUAUAAAUGAAUUCGAAGUUCUUCGCUAGCAUAACACUGCUGCGUGUGAACAAUUGACACACUUAUUCUUUGUUGAGCGAUAUUUAGCGAUGAUUGGACAGCACAAACGUAUUGAUUUCUUGCUGGCUCGCGGCCAGAAGCUUAACCAGACUGUGUUUGCACGAAGAUAUGCCUUAAAUUUGAUUUUUAAUACACGUCUCGUAUAAAUGAAUGAGACGUUCUCCGCUAGCAUAACAUUGCUACGUGUGAACGAUUGACACACUUAAUUCUUUGUUGAGCGAUAUUUAGCGAUGAUCGGACUGCACAAACGUAUUGAUUUCUUGCUGGCUCGCGACCAGAAGCUUAACCAGACUGUGUUUGCACGAAGAUAUGCCUUAAAUUUGAUUUUUAAUACACGUCUCGUAUAAAUGAAUGAAACAUUCUCCGCUAGCAUAACAUUGCUACGUGUGAACGAUUGACACACUUAAUUCUUUGUUGAGCGAUAUUUAGCGAUGAUCGGACUGCACAAACGUAUCGAUUUCUUGCUGGCUCGCGGCCGAAAGUUAACCAGACUGUGUUUGCACGAAGAUAUGCCCUAAAUUUCAUUUUUAAUACACGUCUCGUAUAAAUGAAUGAGACGUUCUCUGCUAGCAUAACAUUGCUACGUGUGAACGAUUGACACACUUAUUCUUUGUUGAGCGAUAUUUAGUGAUGAUCGGACUGCACAAACGUAUUGAUUUCUUGCUGGCUUGCGGCCAGAAUCUUAACCAAGACUGUGUUUGCACGAAAAUAUGCCCUAAAUUAGAUUUUUAAUACACGUCUCGUAUAAAUGAAUGAGACGUUCUUCGCUAGCAAAACAUUGCUAUGUGUGAACGACUGACACACUUAUUCUUUGUUGAGAGAUAUUUAGUGAUGAUCGGACUGCACAAACGUGUCGCUUUCUUGCCGGCUCGCGGCCAAAGCUUAACCAGACUGUGUUUGCACGAUGAUAUGCCCUAUAUUUGAUUUUCAAUACACGUCUCGUAUAAAUGAAUGAGACGUUCUUCGCUAGCAAAACAUUGCUACGUGUGAACGAUUGACACACUUAUUCUUUGUGGAGCGAUAUUUAGCGAUGAUCGGACUGCACAAACGUGUCGCUUUCUUGCCGGCUCGCGGCCGAAGCUUAACCAGAGUGUGUUUGCACGAAGAUAUGCCCUAUAUUUGAUUUUCAAUACACGUCUCGUAUAAAUGAAUGAGACGUUCUUCGCUAGCAUAACAUUGCUACGUGUGAACGAUUGACACACUUAUUCUUUGUUGAGCGAUAUUUAGCGAUGAUCGGACUGCACAAACUUGUCGCUUUCUUGCCGGCUCGCGGCCGAAGCGUAACCAGACUGUGUUUGCACGAAGAUAUGCCCUAUAUUUGAUUUUCAAUACACGUCUCGUAUAAAUGAAUGAGACGUUCUUCGCUAACAUAACAUUGCUACGUGUGAAUGAUUGAAUGAAAUCAGAAGCAUGGCGUCUCUCUCAGUUAAGAAUGUAUUGUAUUUAGAAUCUAUAAUAUUUCGUUGAUUUGAAUGAAAUCAGAAGCAUGGCGUCUGUCUCAGUUAAGAAUGUAUUGUAUUGUAUUGUAUUGUAUUUGCCAUUUUUACCAAUUGUUUGUCUUACGUCAGCGCACGUGGCGUGACGUCACUUCAGGAGGCGUGGUUAAGUGCCCUGUACGGAGGGGUCAAUUACAGUAUCAUCUCCUGUCUACGUAAACCAGUCCCGAACUCCACAUGGUCACCAGAUCUGUAACUCUUGAACAUGAGUUGGUGCAUCCAGCUAUCUUCAAGGAUCGUAUUUUCUGCAAUAUAAGCCGCACCUAAGAGCCUUUCAUUUUCUCAGAAGCUGACAAUGCGCCUUAUAAUCCAGUGCUCCUAAUAUAUGGAUCAAUAUUGAGCUGCAACAGGUCUCGCAACUACAACCCCAAAAUGGCUCCUCUUAAGAGAUGCUUACGACACAGAGUUUAAACUCAAGGCAAUCAGUCACACAGUAGAAAACGGGAAUAGAGCAGUAGCGAGAGAAUUUACCAUUAACGAAUCAAUGGUGCAGAAGUGGAGGAAGCAACAAGAUUAUCUGCGCCCAGUAAAGAAGACUAAAGAGAGUUUACGAGAGAACAAAGCGAGAUGGCAACCCCAGUCUCUACUGUAGCGUCCAUUCUUUGCGCCUUAUAAUGUUGUGCACCUUAUAUAUUGAAGAGUAUUUCACUUUGAAGUGUGUCUUCUGCUCUUUGUUUGUAUAACUCAUGUUUGAAGCAUGCCAACUCAUCAGAUAACCUUAAGUGAAUUUUGCUGAAAUGUUUACUAGAGACCAGGACGUAGGAAUAUGCCCGUUAUUACCAGAUAGAUUUGGUUUAGUCAUUAUGAUUGCCGAUAUUUUGUGAUGCUCUUUGCUUUAUGAUGCGAUUCUCAUGUGAUGCUAUUUGUUUUCCUUUCAUACUUUUGUGAUGCGGACCCUUCUGAUAGUAUAAGAAUGCUGCAAGUCCUUUGUAUCUUUGCACUUCUGAUCUGCUCCAGCCAUUGUCUGUCACUCUUUUGUGCCCAGAAUAUUCUGUAAGUAAAAGCUUCGAAGAAACUGUUCAUCAUCUCUAGCCUGUAUUUGGAUAACCAACAUUCUCACUACCCGAAACUAAACGAACACGCGAGGAGGAAAAAAGCGUCCUCCAACAACUUUUAUUGCACUUUCAUUAUUUCCUUAAAUAUGACCUAAUACAUUUCAUCAACAGAUAAAGUGUUGUCCAUUUGCUAAUCAGACAAGGAUGUGUUGUGGAGCCGGUGGUUGUCUUGAUCUUUGUACGCAGAAAACCGGUUGGUGGCAUCCUCCUCUCCCAGGCGAACGACACCAGAUACCCGCCUCCUGCCCAUUGACAGCUGGGAUUGGCUCCAGCACUCCCCGCGACCGUUGUGAGGAUAAGCAGUAAAGGAAAUGGAUGGCUAUUAUAUUAUUAUAUUAUAUAACAAGCAAACAAAACGCUACAAGGUUGAAAACUCUUCUUUUUUUCUCAUGCUUUUUAGAAUAUAUCCACUUUUAUAUCAUAUUACUUGCACUGUAUGCAGUUUUAAUUGCUUUUUUUAAAUAUUGUCAUUUUUAUUGUUUUUAUCCCGUUUUAAAUGUUUUAUCUCUUUUUUCAAAUGCCUUUAAUCAUGUAAAGUUACCUCUUGUAUGAAAUGCGCUAUACAAAUAAAUUUCCUUUGCUUUGCUUUACAAUGAUGCCUAUGAUAGAGGCCCCGGCGGGUCCAAUAUACAAGCAGUUUGAUCUUAAAGAUGUUGCUUGUCUUGCUCACUUGUCUCGUCUCUUUUGGUGGUAAUGGAUGGCUGUCAAGUUUUGUGGAAACUUUACAGGGGUAUACACCCUGCAUGGGAGACUGGAGACAAGCAGCAUCUAGAUCAUGCACUAGUAUUGAACAACGAGAAAUCGAGACAACUGCAGGUAUGCUUAACGUACCCAAUGGAACCAUAUUGAGAGCACACUUCGAGCGUCUGGUCGCAGCUAUCAGAGAGCGGUUCCCCACUCCUAUUACAGCCGCACCCACUUAUUUUCCCCAUGUUAAAUGACCCAGUUGAGCACUUGACUAAGUUUACUAAACUUUGGACUGAAUCGGCUGGACGUCACCCUGGACAGUGUGGUUCGGAGGAGGCUAUGUUCAGGACUGGGAUCCCGGCAGGUCUCUCUGAACCAGUACAGACCACUCUUAAAGCUGACCUUGACCUCCUGUCCGAAGAUGAGCCUAGAUUUAGACGACACUUAGUGCAUCACCUCAAAAUUUAAGUCAACAACAGGGUGAGGAUAAUGAAAUCACUAAACUCCAAAUAGAACUUCUUAAAUUACAAGUAGCAUAGGCAAGACGUAAAGGUCCAAAACCACACCAGAUGUAAUUUUUUGCCAGGCACAAUCACCGAGACAGGCAGGUGGGUUCUGGGGUAAUAGCCGGGGUGAAUACGCAGGAAGGCGUGAAGCGGCUAGGGGGAGAGUGCAACAACAUCAACGUGAUCAAGGAUGUUUUGUUUGUGGUUCUCCCGAAAACUGGAUUGAAGACUGUCUUACAGCUCCUACACCUCAAGGUCCAAUGCAAGGGCGUUGUGGCUGGUCCAACAGUAACAAUCCUGCUGUGUUGGACCUGCCUAACUGGAAACGGAAUUAUUUUAAAACAGCUAAAGGUACUCCUAUUGCACAUUUGACACUGAUCCAACGAUUAGAUAAAGCCCUGGCCAAACCCUUGGCAGUGGCUAUCAUCAAGGUCCCCGGUCACUCCAAAUCCACUUCAACCACAGCCCUCGGCAAUAAUGCUGCCGACUUGGCUGCCAACCAGACUGUGGGCUAUGUCCCACAGAUGCUUGUCCAAUUAUUUGACAAAUCCUCUCCUGACGAACCUCUGUCUCAUAGUGAAUUGGUAAAAUACAGCACAACGAUUCUCCUGAACAAAAGAUAUUUUGACCAAAACUCACUCUAUGGCUCAUAUUGGCCCCAAAGCAUGCUAACCAAACUUCGCAUUUGGUGGCAGCCUAAAAUGUCUUGACUUGUGUCACGCUCACUGUCGUGUAAUAUUUGCCAGCUACACAAUGUUCGCCCCACACUUCGACCGUUGCCAGGUUCAUUUGACCCAUCCACCUGGCUCGGCGCGGAACUGGUCAUGGAUUUCACAGAAAUUAUCACUGCUGUUCACGGUACACACUACAUUCUUGCUUUUGUUGACACCUUUUCCGGAUGGCCUGAAGCGUACCCCUGCGCUAGCGAAGACGCCAUGUCGGUAAUGAAAGCUUCGGUGAACCAUUGGAUUCCAACGCACAGUUUCACUCUGGACAAUGGCUUAUGACACCUGAGAGUGAACCAACUGCAACUGUAACUGUGGACAUUUAUUGGGCCCGACUUGAACCAGAAACACCGCUCAAACCUGGUCUCAUACAUCAAUUUCUGUUGUGGAAGCCCUGGUUAAACACUCUUGGGGCUUACCUGCCUCCACUAGAUCCAUACCAUUGCACACUAUAUUACAACCCCAACUACAAUCUAGUAUCCAUGGAAAACUUUGCAUGCAUACAAGGUGAUGCUUGGGACAUUACAUCCACACAUAUAUACGCAGCAAGAGAGGGUGUAGCAGCAUCCUGCACUCUUUACACCAGAUCAACUGACAUGGUUCAAAAUGCAGGAAGAGUCAGUACCCCACAUUUCACUCACUCUGUCUCCAUUGGAUUCCAACGCACAGUUUCCCCACUCUCAUCCGCUCGGACAACGGUACACAUUUCACAUCCACACACCUAGCUACUGUUGAGAAGUGGUUAUGGGUUAACUCACAAGUUUGGUUGUGUUUAUCACCCCGCCAGUCAAGGUUCAGUUGAACGUAUGAAUUGCACGUUGAAGGAAAAACGGGCUAAAAUAUGUACUUCUUCUGGCAUGAAUUGGGUUCAGGCUCUUUCCCUUGCUCUAAUGUCUGUAAGACAAACUGUGUCUCGCCCUACUGGUUUCUCUACUUAUGAACUUCUUAUAGGUCGUCUAAUGCCUGGCCCUUCCUCCUCACUCCAACCGCUGGAGGAAGGCUGUGUCUCCCAAGUUUUCUCAUACAAUGUUUUGGACACAACUGCAUUCUUUUGCUUCUAAUUUCUCCUUACAGAUCCAGGACUCUCUUCCAUCACCACCUCCUGCACUUGAUCUUCCUGAGUGGUCAACCUUAAACGACUCUCUCGUGAGUGGUCAGAACCCUUUGGUCUGGCAGAACCGUCUCUUCGGCCGCCUCCCGUGCAACAGUGCAGGCAGAUGUGCUUUAGUAACUUUACUUUUGCCUAUUUCCGUUGUUCGUGUCACCCGAGAUGAUCUAGCAGUUGCUCCUGAACACAUGAAGGAUGCCGUUGGCCUAUUACACCGUUCACGCAGCUCCAAACCUACCUGGCUCGGUGCUGAUGACCCCACCGACAUUGACGCUAUUGGCCUCCCCGAUGGUGUCCCAGAUGAGUAUAAACUGGCUGAUCAGAUGCAAAGACAACUUUCACCUCAGCGACUUGGCAGCCGGUGUCACGACCCAUCGAGACGGAGGAAGGACCCAAAUGCAGGAGGACACGGGAGACGCAGAGGUAAUUCGGGAAAAAGCUUUAUUAAUCCAAGGUCGGGAAUCGGGCAGGCAGUCAGGUAUAGCAGCGGUAAUCAGGACGUCGGGCGUAGAGGGCAGGUCAGCGGCCAGGCAGGAGUCGGUACACGGGAGAACGAUCAAAGCAGGCAGGAGUAUCAAGGGAGUCAGGCUUACGGGGUCGGUCGGAGAACAAGCGGAGAUCGGUACACACGGGUUGACGAUCAGGGAUAUGGGAGUGAUGAAACGGGGCAUGAACCGCAACGAUCUGGGAGCGGACCAGUCGUCCCCCUGGACCUAUAUACACCGGGGCCAAUCAGCACGCAUGAGGCUCAGGUGUGUGCCUUCCAAUUAGCGCAACCGCGCGGGCACCCGCGCAGCCCGGGCUGGAGCAGCAAGGAUCAUGACAGCCAGAGGGCGGAAUAAAAUAGCCAGCAGCUUUUCAAUGUGGAGGCCUCACUCACGUCAGACAGUGUUUUUUUUUUUCCUAAUGUCUGGAACAAUCAGCGAUAACGUUGUCAACGUUCAAUGAUAUCUGUAACAUAUAGCUGUUCUCUAACAUUUGAUGGCUGUGACGAUUAUGAAUAUUAAGAUGUUCCCCCAAAAUCUACAUUUUUGGAGGAAUCAUUUCAUGUUUGUACAUGAAAAAGUCUUGUUGCAAAGGGCUCACUUUGAAAAUUUUUCCAUUAACAAAGAACAAAUAAGCUAUCACUCCACGGUUAUGUAUGAAGAAUCACUAGGCAGACUAGUGCACUGAUGUAUCUACAUUAGUAAAAAAAAAGUACUGGAUUUUCCGCACUAUAAGGCGCACCACAUUAUAAGGCACACCUUCAACUAAUGGCCUAUUUCAAAACUUUUUUCAUAUAUAAGGCGCACCGCAUUAUAAGGCGCAUUGAAUGGACGCUACUUUAGAGGCUGGGGUUACGUUAUGCAUCCAUUGGAUGGAGCUGCACUAAAGGCUCAAUUUUGAUCCAUAUACAGUGAAGAAAAUAAGUAUUUGACCACCCUGCUAUAUUGCAAGUUCUCUCACUUAGAACUCGAGGAGGGGUCUGAAAUUUUCAUCGUAGGUGCAUGUCCACUGUGAGAGAGAUAAUCUAAAAAGAAAAAUCCAGAAAUCACAAUGGAUGAUUUUUUUUAACGAUGUAUUUGUGUGAUACAGCCGCAAGUAAGUAUUUGAACACUUGUCUAUCAGCUACAAUUCUGACCCUCAAAGAUCUGUUUCUCCACCUUUAAAAGUCCACCUCCACUCCAUGUAUUAUCCUGAAUCAGAUGCACCUGUGUGAGGUCGUUAGCUGAAUAAAAACACCUGUCCACCCCAUACAAUCAGUAAGACUCAAACUUCUAACAUGGCCAAGACCAAACAGCUGCCCAAAGAGACCAGAGACAAAAUUGUACAACUCCACAUGGCUGGAAAGGGUUGCAGAGAAAUUGCCAAGCAGCUUGGUGAAAAAAGGCUCACUGUUGGACCAAUCAUUAGAAAAUGGAAGAAGCUAAACAUGAAGGUCAAUCUCAAUUGGAGUGUAGCCCCAUGCAAGAUAUCACCUUGUGGGGUCUCAAUGAUCCUUAAAAUGGUGAGGAAUCAGCCCGGGACUACACAGAGUUGAAAAGAGCUGGGACCACCAUUUCUAAGGUCACUUUUGGUCAUACACUAAGACGUCAUGGUUUGAAUUCAUGCAUGGCACGGAAUGUUCCGUUGCUUAAACCAGCAUAUGUCAAGGCCUGUCUUAAGGUUGCCAAUGACCAUUUGGAUGAUACAGAGGAGUCAUGGGAGAAAGUUUUGUGGUCAGAUGAGACCAACAUAUUUCCGUGUUUGGAGGAAAACGAAUGAAGAAUUCCAUUCCAAGAACACCAUCCCUACUGUAAAGCAAUGGGGUUGUAGCAUCAUGCUUUGGGGCUGUUUUUCUGCACAUGGGACAGGACGGCUGCACUGUAUUUAGGAGAGGAUGACCACGGCUAUGUAUUGUGAGAUUUUGGGGAACAACUUUCCCUCAGUCACAGCAUUGAAGAUAGGUUGUGGCUGGGUCUUUCAACAUGACAAUGACCCGAAGCACACAGCCAGGAAAACCAAGGAGUGGCUCCGUAAGAAGCAUAUCAAGGUUCUGGCGUGGCCUAGCCAGUCUCCAGACCUAAACCCAAUAAAAAAUCUUUGGAAGGAGUUGAAACUCAGUGUUUCUCAGUGACAGCCCAGAAACCUGUGUGAUCUCGAGAAGAUCUGUGUGGAGGAGUGGGCCAAAAUCCCUCUGCAGUGUGGGCAAACCUGGUGAAUGUUUGACCUCUGUAAUUGCAAACAAAGGCUACUGUACCAAAUAUUAGUUUUCUCAGGUGUUCAAUUUUUUUUUUUUGCAGGUGUAUCACACAAAUAAAUCAUGAAAAAAAAAAAACAUACAUUGUGAUUUCUGAAUUUUUCUUUUUAGAUUAUGUCUCACAUAGUGGACAUGCACCUAUGAUGAAAAUUUCAGACCCCUCCAUGAUUUCUAAGCAGGAGAAGUUGCAAUAUAGCAGGGUGUUUAAAUACUCAUUUUUUUCACUGUAGCUACCUUUGGUGCAACACUGUCAAACUCAUCAUUGAUGAAUUGGUCCAGUUAUAUUGCUUCCAGCAUUCAUGAACAGUGAUCCCAUCCUGCUCCCACAGCAUGUCACUCUGUGCCAUCCAUGGUGUUUGUGAGGGAUUUUUUUUUUUAAUCCAAAGAGUCAUGGGAGAAAGUUUUGUGGUCAGAUGAGACCAAAAUGGAACUUUUUGGUCAUAAUUCCACUAACCGUGUUGUUUGGAGGAAGACAAAUGAUGGGUUCCAUCCCAACAACACCAUCCCUCUUGUGAAGCAGGGUGUUUUUCUGCACAUGGGACACAACGACUGCACUGUAUUAAGGAGAGGAUGACCGCGGCCAUGUAUUGUGAGAUUUUGGGGAACAACCUCUUUCCCUCAGUCAGAGCAUUGAAGAUGGGUCGUGGCUGGGUCUUUCAACAUGACAAUAACCCGAAGCACACAGCCAGAAAAACCAAGAGUGGCUCCGUAAGAAGCAUAUCAAGGUUCGGGCGUGGCCCAGACAGUUUCCAGACCUAAACCCAAUAGAAAAUCUUUGGAGAGAGCUGAAACUGUUUCUCAGCGACAGCCCAGAAACCUGUCUGAUCUAGGGAAGAUCUGUGUAGAGGAGUGGGCCAAAAUCCCUCCUGCAGUGAGUACAAACCUGGUGAACAACUACAGUAAACGUUUGACCUCUGUAAUUGCAAACCAAGGCCACUGUAACAACUGGCCACUGGUUUUCUCAGAUGUUCAAAUACUUAUUUGCAGCUGUAUCACGCAAAUAAAUUGUUAAAAAUCAUAUAUUGUGAUUUCUGGAUUUUUCUUUUUAGAUUAUCUCCCUCACAGUGGACAUGCACCUCCAUGAUUUCUAAGUGGGAGAACUUGCAAUAUAGCAGGGUGUUCAAAUACUUAUUUUCUUCACUGUAUAAGACACACCGAAUUAUAAGGUGCACCGGAUUAUAAGGCGCACCGUCGGCUUUUGAGAAAAUUAAAGGCUUUUAGGUGCGCCUUAUCGUGCGGAAAAUACGGUAACUGAAAAAUGACUUAGCAAUAACACUUCAAUGACCAUCUGGUAUGAUGCUUGCAAGUCUGACAAAUUUGAUUUAGUUUUCAUGUUGGACAACUGUGCAGCUGUUGUAGUGUACUGCAUUAUCUUUUCCAGA